AUGCGGUCUCCUCUGUUCAAACACAGCCUUGCAGCUCCUCGGGAACGGCUGUCAGAUGUCACACUGGAGCUGAUUCCACUUGAGAGAGCUUUGUCCAGUGGUGAGAGCCACUCUCCAAAGGGAACAGAUGAGAGGCCAAACCAAUACCAUCCACCACUGAAGUUGACAGCGCCUUGGGAGAAGGAUGCUGGCUUUGGGAGGAAGCUUAAAACCUACAGGAAUCAUACCAAGAUAAUAGCACAGCCUGGGCUCGUGAUGAAAGUCCUCCGCAGGAAGAGGAUUGUGUUAUUCAUGGCCUACUUCUUACUGCUGGUCCUCACGAUGCUUAACUUGGCUAAUUAUAAAUGGACCAAGGAGCCUCAGCAGUGUAACCAUCAGAUGAGGAGCACCACUUAUCAGGGCAGAUCUGACAUUCGCUUCUGUACAGGCCCCUCUCUGGCUAAAAAGCAGCUCAUCUACGUGCUGACCACCUGGAGGUCGGGGUCCUCCUUUUUCGGGGAGCUUUUCAACCAAAAACCCAGAAGUGUUCUUCUUGUACGAGCCAUGUGGCACAUCUGGCAGAAACUGUACCCUGGCGACGCGGUGUCUUUUACAGGGAGCAGCCAGGGAACAUGCUGAGCUCCUGUGUACCGCUGCGACCUGUCUGUUUUCCAACUUUACAACAGCCCCGGGGGCAAGAAUUUUACCUCCCUGGGGCUGUUUGCCACCCUCAAUAAAGUGGUGUGCUCCUACCCCCUCUGCUCAGCCUACAGGAAAGAGGUGGUGGGGAUGGUGGACGAUAAGUUGUGUAAAAAGUGCACCCCUCAAAGCCUUAGAUUGUUGGAGGAGGAGUGCCUCAAAUAUAGCACCAUAGUCAUUAAAGGGGUACGCAUUUUGGACGUUAACGUGCUGGCCCCCCUCAUGGAGGACCCAUCGUUGGAUUUGAAGGUGAUACACCUGGUCGCAGACCCGCGGGCCGUGGCUAACUCCAGGAUCAAAUCCAGACACGGCCUGAUAAGGGAGAAUUUACAAGUGGUGGUGCGCAGCAGGGAUCCUAAACUUCGCCGAUCCCUUUCGUGGAUCCGGUCACAAAGCCACAAGAAGGACGGCGCGGACUACCACUCCAUCGGAGCCAUGGAGGUGAUCUGCGACCGCACCUCCAGGACUUUGAGGACUGCCUUAAACCCGCCCAGCUGGCUGAAGGGGAAAUACAUGGCGGUGAGGUACGAGGACCUGGUGGAGAACCCCGUAAAGACCCUGAAGAACAUCUACCACUUCGCCAACCUCACCGCCAACCACGACAUCGAGACGUUUGCCCUGAACAUGACCAGCGGCUCCAGCUCCUCUUCCAUAGCCCUCAUCGUCUCGUCCAGGAACGCCACACAAGCUGCUAGUGCAUGGAGAACAGUGCUGAGCAUUCAACAGAUCAAACAAGUGGAGGACUACUGCCACCACGCCAUGUCUGUUCUGGGCUACGAGAGAGUCAGAACAGCCGGGGAGGCCAAGGACUUGAGCAAACCACUACUGACACACUCCAAACUGUGAAAUCGCCACCAAAGACCUUUAAUUUAAUGUUGCAUCGAGUGCCGUUUCUUCUUCUUAUCGUGGAAUUAAAAAGCUUUACUUUGAAUCACUGUUGGAGGAGCUCCACUGGCCUCACUGGGAAUGUAUCAUGUUUCUCUCCGUUGACUCGCAGUGGUGUUUGAAGGGACCACUUUCUUUUAUACUGGAAUAUUGGAUGUGUUUGACAAUGCAAAGGCCGUUUGAUCAAGGAUUUUAAUAGUGAAGCUGCAAGGAAAAGGAAAAAAGAACAACUGUAUACUUCAUGUAUCUUGUUAUGAUGACAUUUCAAAGUGGGGUUAUUUUUUUGAAUGUUCCAACCUUACAAAAAAAAACUGUUUUUUCAGUCUCCAUACUGUCUGUGAAAGUGAAAAUAGUUGAUGAAAGAACAAAAAAACAAAACAAAGAACUGAGAAAAAGCCCAUUGCUGAUGUGUUUGUAAGACCUGGUUUAAGUCCGAGACAAUCAAUUGGUUUGUUGAUGUGCCAUAGGUAGAGGUGUGAUGACUAGGCUACACCGGUAGCAGCGUUUAGUGCUACGUCUAGAUUUCUAAAAGAUAUGUUUUGAUUUCUCACUAAAUCCUCAUAGGAUGAUAUCAUGCACUGUGUCAUGGCUCUGGAGGGGGAGUCUCUCUGUGUCAGUGUAAGCAGUCUGUUCUACCAUUUCAAAUGCUUGCUCUUAUAAAAACACAUGGUCUGGGAAUAUUGCAUUGAGUAAAGUUCACAAUUAACAAGA